AUGUUUAAUUUGCUCAUCAGAAGUUUAAUUGUGUUAUUGCUUGUUAAAUCAUGUUUUACAAUUCGAUUUAAUAAUUAUAGAAUCAAUUCUCUAUUCAUAAAUAAUUUUAACAAAGAAAGCUGUUUAUUAAAUGAUUUAUCAUUUGAAGAAUAUGAUAAAUCGUCAAGAUUUAUUAAUAAAUUGAAGGAAUCCUCAUCAAAAGGAAAUGAUAACUCAGGUGACGUCGAGGAUUCCAAUACACAUCAAGGUGAUAAUGAAAGUAAUAAAUCACCAGAAGCGAAUCUUGAGCUGACAAUCUCAAAAAGAAUUCUAAAUUCGAUUUUGUCGCUCACAUCAUCGUUCUAUGAGCCUGAUUUUUACGACAUAAUACCAAUUUUGUACAAUAUAAAGGAUGAAGUAAUCAAUAUGAAAGAAUACAUGGGUAAAACACAAGUUAAAACAUCGCAAAGAAAACACCCAGUUAAAGUGUACCAUAAACAUAAAGAUAAAACAUAUAAGAUAAAUGAAAAAAUGUACAAUAAGAUAAAUGGGAUGUUCAUGAACGAUUCAUCGGGAGAAGUUGAGAGUCUAGUUUUGAGCAUCCCAUCAUCAAUCAUGAACAGAUUGUACCAGUCCUCUAAUUAUGAGCAGAAACCUGAAGAUACAAUGCCAAUACAACUGGUAACGUUAACGUCAGGAUUUCUCACCAGGCUUUACGAAAUCUCAAUCUUCCCGUACUUUUCAAAGAUGUUUCAAAAUUGCUUUAACACAACUUUGGAUAACACAUACGGGUUUAUGUAUAGGAUAAUAAAAUAUAAUUCAGCAGAAGAGACUUAUAUCAAGUCUGAUUAUGAGACUGGAAAGGAAAAAAUCCCAGGCUUCUUUCUCACUUUAGAGCUGGAAAAGACAUUAACUGAAGAAUUCGAAAAAAUAUUAAGGAAAAUUAGAAUCAAGACUGUUAAAGAGUUGGAUUUGAAUGUAUUCACGAAAGAUUCGCUCCGUAACAUAAGUGUGCUGAUUAAGUGUAUCAAGGAUCUAGUGUUCUUUAACUCAUCAUUGAAGCUACUUGAACAGUUAAUAGGCAGAAAACCGACAGAUAAUGAGAUAAUAUUCUCAUUCUUUCGUAAAUCACAAACACAUCCUAUAAAAAAUAAUGAAACUGUAAGUGAAGGUUCAGAACCAACUGUUAACCAUCCCCCAGACUUUAAUGCUAAAAAAUUGGUCCAGAUAAUAAAUGAUAGUGAAUAUGAAAUAGAACAUAGGCUUGAUUUUUAUUUUACACCAUUCAUCGAAGCUAUAAUAAACAUUUAUAAGAGGAGAAUAAAUCCCAAUUUUUUUAAGGUUAUGAUUUCAUGCUUCAAAGACGCACUUGAUGCAGUUACGACUAGACUGUAUGAAAUUUCACCAAAAAGAAUUAACGAUUAUGGAACAAACUUCAUUCUGGACAUUUUUCUGUUCACAUACAAUCAAGUGAAACUGUCAGCUUUGAGACAAAAUCUUCCAGAGCACCUGCCAAUAGGAACCUUGAGACUAGCUAAAAAGGGACUUAAACUCUAUGAAUACCUGGAACCAAUCCAAGGUAAUAUGAUAUAUAGACAUAAGAAAAAGGCUAUCACUAAGGAAGAACUUGAAUCACUAUACAAAGACGAGGUGGAUGAUGACCAAAAAGAUGAAGAUAAAAAUGAUGAAAAGAGACACCAAAAUCCAUAUUCACAAAAGUUUGAUAUAGACGAUAAGAAGUUUAAUGAGUUUUUAAGGAAAAUAAUAGAAAUUGAGGACCAUUUUAAUAAAAGAGGAGGUGACAAGAGCUGUAACGACUACAUGAGGAGACAACAACAAGAUGAACAUUUGAAAAAUAGUGUAGCAAAAUUUUUAAAUGUAACCCCUGACAGGUUGAGUGAAGCCAUAGAUGCUUACUAUUCUAAGGAAGUUGGGCCGACAGAUAGGAUUCCAAGGUAUUUGAGGUCCAGGCUUAGUCCUACAGGACGUCCAGGUAAAUCACCUGUGAGGUACUAUGGAGAACUUGAGCCAUAUGAGGUUUACGACAGACUGGAAUCUGUAGAAUAUUUUAGGGAUAUGAUAUACCGGAGAACCUUGAGAAAGCUUGCAAUGGAAGCGCUGGACGACAGAGUUGCAAGGAUACUUUUCAUGGCGCAAAAUUCCCUUUUCUGUGAAGUUCACCCAGAUUAUGAAGAGGUGAUUGCAGAUCUUAAAAUUCCAAAGAGGACUGCAGACUUCAUAGCCUUUGCAGCAACUGUAAUGUGUAAGCAGUACGAGGUGUGGCGGAUUAAGCUAAACCUUCCACCAUACGUUAACGAGUUCAGAAUAAAUCCAAGUGUUCUAAUGCUUGCAACAUUGGAUCCUAAUAACCUGCCACAUCACAUAUCAACUACAAUGUACAACAGAGUUAAAGGAAGUUAUAGUUCCGCAUUAAGGGAAGAACCAACACAAAUACGCGGAGCAGCUGCAAAGAACAAACGAGAUCGAUUCAACCGAAUGAGGCUCAUCAAGCCCAAUAUGUCUGACAUGACUGAAUCCUUCAUGAACUAUAAAGCCAACUAUAAAGAGUACGAACAGAUUCUUCUCAGAAGUCCAAUUUACUACCUGCAAUAUUCUGGAAUAAUGAACUAA